AUGGUCAAGAUCCCCGACAUGUUCGAGUCUUUCAUGUCCCGCGAGCCAGCCGUCAACCCCCACUAUGGCAAGGUCGGCCAAGAGGGGCUCCUCUGGGCAUUCGCGAAUUUCAAACGGGGUGGGCUGAGCGAGCAAGAGGCGAAGGAUCUCCGACGCAUGGACUUUGCUUACUUCGGCGCCAUCGCCGCGCCUGACACCGACCCGGUUCGCUUCCGCGUCGUUGUUGACUGGCUGAAUUGGGUCUUCUGCUUUGACGACCAGCUCGAUGAUGGCCCUCUAGGCCACCAAGAAAGGGAGGGGAGGCUGUAUGUCAACAAGUUCAUGUCGGUGCUGGAGAACCCCAAUACGAAGGAGUCGCUCGAGCCGAUGCAGUGGAUUCUGAGAGAUAUCUGGAACAGGAUCCAAGAAGACCCUUAUUGUACAAAAGGCGCCAAGAGCAGAUGGUUGAAGCAGAUGAAGGUCUACUUGCAAGCCUGCUCUGACUCUAUCGUCUUCAGACCCAGCCCGACGUUGGAGGAGACGUUGUCGAGAUACCUGGACUACCGACGCCCGUCCAUCGCGGCGUAUGUCCUCAAUGCCUUUGUCGAGUAUGCAAGCGGGUUACAAAUCCCCGACGAGGUCUUCGAGAACACCUCCAUCCAAGCCCUCGAGAGAAUCGCAUGUGAACUGGUAGCCAUCGUCAACGACUGUAUUUCAUACCACCGCGAAAAGGACCAGAACUGCCCGCACAACAUGGUCCACCUCUUUCGACACCAUGGCAUGUCCGAGCAAGAAGCCUACGACAAGUGCCAGGUCAUGCUGCGCGAGAAAUACAGAGAAUGGUACCUCGCCAUGGCCAGCCUGCCCACCUGGGGCGAGGAGGUCGACAAGCAGGUCCACCGGUACAUCCAGGGUGUCCAGGACGUCGAUUUCGCCAACGCCUACUGGAGCUUCCGGUCGGGGAGAUACUACGGCAAGCACGCCGGCCAGGUCCGAGCCACGCGGGUCUUGCCGGGCGCGCAUCUUGACUGGGUUCCGGGAAUUACGCUUCUGGCGGAGGAGAAGGCUGGUGUCCAACUCGACUUGGAGAUUGCAGGAAAGGUAAAGGGGCAUGCGAUUAAGCGUGCUCGUCGACGGGAGCGUAUGGCUUCAAGAGGCAGAAGACACGGGAGACUGACUUGCUGA